AUGAAUUGGGCAUAUUUUUCAAUAGCAUUAGACGAAAGUACUGAUGUUUCAAACGUUGUGACUGAUGGUGCAAAAUCUAUGGUUGGCAAAAAUAUUGGUUUUGUUGGAUUAUUGCGCAAAUCAGAUAUUAAUCUUCCUGCAAUACAUUGCAUUAUUCAUCAAGAAGCGUUGUAUGUUAUAAAACAAGGAUUUGAUAAUGAAUUUAAUUUUGAACAUUGCAUUACCCACAUUGAUGAAUUAAUUGUAGAGUUCAAAAGACGAUUUGAAGAAGUUGAACUUAUGCGUCCUCAAAUAAAUUUAUUUAAUAACCCUAUGGCAGUUGAAAUUGAAAAGCAAGAUCCUUCACUUCAAUUAGAAUUAUGUGAGUUACAAACAAAUCCAUUUUUAUCUGCAAAAGAGAUUGAUGUGUCAUUUUGGAAAACAUUACCAGUUGAAAAAUAUCCAAUUCUAAGAGAUUUCGCAUUAAAAAUGUUUUCUAUGUUUGGAACCACAUACAUAUGCGAAUGUACAUUUUCGAACUUGAAACAUAUUAAAUCGAAGGAAAGAAAUCGUUUAACAGAUGAAACCUUGGGACAUUUACUAAAAGUUUCAACUACAGAAAUAGAAGUGGAUUUUACUAAAUUGUCUAUUGGAAAAUCUCAUCCUCAAGUAUCACAUUAA